AUGACUUACGGACACCUUGAUCAAUUGGCCAUUAACACGAUCCGUGUUCUUGCCGUUGAUGCUACUUUCAAGGCAAACUCGGGUCACCCCGGUGCCCCUAUGGGCAUGGCCCCCGUUUCUCACGUUCUCUUCAACAAAUUCAUGAAGUUCAACCCCAAGAACCCUAAGUGGUUGAACCGUGACAGAUUUGUUCUCUCCAACGGCCACGGAUGCAUGCUCCAAUAUGCUCUUCUCCACCUCUUUGGCUAUGAUGUCACCAUUAAGGAUCUCGAGGAGUUCCGGAAAAUCGACAGCCGGACUCCUGGUCACCCUGAGGCUAACGAUACCCCCGGUGUUGAGGUUACCACUGGCCCUCUCGGUCAAGGUUUCGCCAACGCCGUUGGUCUUGCCAUUGCGCAGGCCAACACUGCUGCCACCUUCAACAAGCCCGGUUACAACCUCGUUGACAACUACACCUACACCUUCUUUGGUGACGGAUGCGCCAUGGAGGGUGUUGCCUGCGAAGCUGCUAGCACUGCUGGUCAUCUGCAGCUCGGUAACCUCAUCGCCAUCUAUGACGACAACCACAUUUCCAUUGACGGUGACACCAAGGUGGCUUUCACUGAGGAUGUCUUGAAGCGCUUCGAGGCUUACGGCUGGCACACCCAGUGGGUCAAGGACGGUGACCACGACCUCGAAGGUAUCGAGGCUGCUAUCGCCAAGGCCAGAGAAGUCAAGGACAAGCCCUCAGUCAUCAAGCUCACCACCACCAUUGGUUUCGGCUCCAAGCUCCAGGGUACUGGUGGUGUCCACGGUAACCCUCUGAAGGAGGACGACUGCAAGGCCGUCAAGGCCAAGUUCGGCUUCGACCCCGAGCAGUUCUUCGUCGUUCCUCAGGAGGUCUAUGACUCUUACCACAAACACGCCGCUGAGGGUGCCGCUCUCGAAGCUGAGUGGAACCAGCUUUUCGAGAAGUACGGCAAGGAGUACAAGGCCGAGCACGCCGACCUUUCCCGUCGUCUCAGUGGUCUGCUUCCCGAGGGAUGGGAGAAGAAGCUUCCCACCUACAAGCCCACUGACGCUGCCAUUGCCUCCCGUAAGCUGUCGGAGGCCGUCCUCGAGGCCAUCCACGAUGUUGUUCCUGAGCUCAUUGGUGGUUCUGCCGACUUGACCGGCUCCAACAACACCCGCUGGAGUAACGCCGUCGACUUCCAGCCCCCCGUCUUGGGCAUUGGCGACUGGGCUGGUCGCUACAUCCGCUAUGGUGUGCGUGAGCACUCCAUGGCCGCCAUCAUGAACGGUAUCUGCGCCUACGGCACUUUGAUCCCCUUCGGUGGUACUUUCCUUAACUUCGUCUCUUACGCCGCUGGUGCCGUCCGUCUGUCGGCUAUCUCCCACGACCGCGUCAUCUACGUUGCUACCCACGACUCAAUCGGUCUGGGUGAGGACGGUCCUACUCACCAGCCCAUUGAGACUCUUGCCCACUUCCGUGCCCUCCCCAACUGUAUGGUCUGGCGUCCUGCCGACGGCAACGAGACCAGCGCUGCUUACUACAUUGCCCUGACCUCCAAGCACACUCCCUCCAUUCUGGCCCUUACCCGUCAGAACCUUCCUCAGUUGGAGAACUCCACCAUCGAGAACGCCAUCAAGGGUGGUUACGUCGCGGUGGAGAACCCCAACGCUGACAUCACCCUUCUUGCCACCGGUUCCGAGGUCAGCUUGGUCAUUGACACUGUCAAGGAGCUCAAGGAGAAGCACGGCGUCACUGCUCGUGUUGUCUCCCUGCCCUGCUUCGAGGUUUUCGAUGCCCAGAGCAAGGAGUACCGCCUUUCCGUUCUGCCCGAUGGUAUCCCCUCGCUCUCCGUCGAGGUCAUGUCCACCCUCGGCUGGGAGCGGUACUCCCACGAGCAGUUCGGCCUCAACCGCUUCGGUGCUUCUGGUGCUUACAAGGACGUGUACAAGAAAUUCGAGUUCACUCCCGAGGGCAUCGCCAAGCGCGCUCUUGCCACCAUCGACUUCUACAAGGGCACCAAGCCCCGUUCCCCCAUCAACCGUGCCUUCCAGCAGCUCAUCUAA